AUGGCGCUCCGUCGCGUCCUGAUUACCCGCAACCCCCUGACGGCCGCCAUGAACUGCGUCCUCCGUCGCUCCAUGGCCUCAGUAGCCGACGACAUGACGGUGCGAGACGCGCUGAACACGGCCCUGGACGAGGAGCUCGCGCGCGACGACCGAGUGUUUCUCCUGGGCGAAGAAGUGGCCGAGUACAAUGGCGCGUACAAGGUCUCGAAGGGGCUCUGGGAGAAGUACGGCGACAAGCGCAUCAUCGACACGCCCAUCACGGAGCAAGGCUUCACCGGCCUCGCUGUGGGCGCCGCUUACCACGGCACGAAGCCCAUUGUCGAGUUUAUGACGUUCAACUUUGCCAUGCAAGCUAUUGACCAGAUUAUCAACUCGGCUGCCAAGCAGUUUUACAUGUCGAACGGGGACAUUAGUGUACCCAUUGUCUUUCGAGGCUCGAACGGACCUGCUGCGGGAGUGGCGGCCCAACACUCGCAGUGCUAUGCUGCGUGGUACGGCAGCGUGCCCGGUCUUAAGGUAGUCUGUCCGUACGACUCGGAGGACGCCCGUGGUCUGCUGAAGGCUGCUAUCCGUGACCCCAACCCUGUAGUAGUGCUGGAGAACGAGCUUUUGUACGGUGUCACGUUCCCCGUGUCCAAAGAGGCGCAGGACAAGGACUUUACGAUCGAGAUUGGGAAGGCGAAAAUCAUGAAGCCAGGCAAGGACGUGACCCUUGUCGCUUUUUCUCGCAUGGUGGGUGAAGCGCUUGAAGCUGCUUCUAUUUUGGCCAAGGAGGGCAUUGACGCCGAAGUGAUCAACCUCCGCUCCAUUCGCCCGUUCGAUCGCCAAGCUAUCAUUGACUCUGUGAAGAAGACCAACCGCAUGGUGUCCAUUGAAGAAGGAUGGGGCCAGCAUGGUAUUGGCGCUGAGAUCGCUGGUAUCGUCAUGGAGACUGAGGCUUUUGACUACCUAGACGCACCUCUGGAGCGCGUGACGGGAACGGACGUGCCCAUGCCGUACGCUGAUAACUUGGAAAAGUUGUGCCUUCCCCAAGUCGAUGACAUUGUUGCCGCUGCCAAGCGCACGGUGGCUCGCACGCUGUAA